AACUAUUUGUUUGUUAGGGGAUACAUUUGCCCUGAACACUUCCCAGCCAACAAGCAGGCUGACGCAAGUGGCAUGAGUUGAUUUUACCGGUGUCAUAGAAUCUGAAAGGUUCUGACCAAGGUGAAGAUGACAGACUGUCUGGGAGACGGGGCUGGGGAUAUGACCCCAAUGGACCUAUAUGAGAAACUAACAUCACAAGGAGACACAGUCCGAACUCUGAAAACAGAAAAGGCUGCAAAAGCUGAUAUUGAUGCUGCUGUACAGUUGCUGCUGAAGCUUAAAGUGGACUACAAGCAGGUAACAGGUCAGGACUACAAGACUGGAUGUCCACCCUCAGAAUGCUCUGUUUCACAAGACAACGGGCCAGCUGCAGAUGGGGAGGACAUGGUCGACCCCUGGAACGUCUCCACCACCAACGCUAAAGGAGUGGACUACGACAAGCUGAUAGUGAGGUUUGGCAGUAGCAAGAUUGACCAAGAGCUGGUGGACAGAAUAGAGAAAGUCUCGGGACAGAAGGCACACCGGUUUUUACGCCGAGGAAUCUUCUUCUCUCACAGAGAUAUGCACCAGGUUCUGGACGCGUAUGAGAAGAACAAGUCUUUCUACCUCUACACGGGCAGAGGACCCUCCUCAGAGGCCUUGCACAUGGGCCACCUCAUCCCUUUCAUCUUCACAAAAUGGCUGCAGGACACGUUUGACAUCCCGCUGGUGAUCCAGCUGACGGAUGAUGAGAAGUACCUGUGGAAGGACCUGUCCCUGGAGGACUGUCACCGCUACGCCGUGGAGAACGCCAAGGACAUCAUCGCCUGCGGCUUCGACAUCAACAAGACCUUCAUCUUCUCUGAUCUGGACUACAUGGGGGCGUCCCCAGACUUCUACAGGAAUGUGGUGAAAGUACAGAAGCAUGUGACUUUCAACCAGGUCAAAGGCAUCUUUGGAUUUGGCGACAGUGACUGCAUCGGAAAGAUCGCCUUCCCUGCCAUCCAGGCUGCUCCGUCGUUCAGUAGCUCUUUCCCUCAGAUCUUCAAGGGCAGAAAAGAUGUCCAGUGUCUCAUUCCCUGUGCCAUAGACCAGGACCCUUACUUCCGGAUGACCCGGGAUGUGGCCCCCAGGAUCGGCUACCCCAAGCCUGCCCUGUUGCACUCUACCUUCUUUCCAGCGCUGCAAGGGGCCCAGACCAAGAUGUCCGCCAGCGACGCCAACUCCUCCAUCUUCCUCACAGACACGCCCAAGCAGAUCAAAAAUAAGGUGAACAAGCACGCCUUCUCCGGGGGAAAAGACACGGUAGAGGAGCACAGGAAAUAUGGCGGCAACCCCAAUGUGGACGUGUCCUUUAUGUACCUGACCUUCUUCCUGGAGGACGACGAGCAGCUGGAGAAAAUCCGACAGGACUACGCCAGUGGAGCCCUGCUAACCGGUGAGCUGAAGAAGCGUCUGAUAGAGACCCUGCAGCCAAUGAUCACAUCCCAUCAGGAGAGACGCAAGCAGGUCACAGAAGAGACCGUCAAGCAGUUCAUGACCCCGAGACCUCUAAAUUUCAGUUUCUAGCCCGUGCGUAGCCAGUUUUAUUAAUGUGCUCAGUCCUGACACAAUGUUAGAGGUCAAACCUCAGCAAGGCAGUGUUCAGCAGAGCACAACGUUGUGGAACGUUCAGAUAUAAAUAUGUUUUGUAGAAUAGAUAUGCCUCUGACAUGUAGAAUAAAGGAAUCGUGUCUAGUCUAUUCAUGACAUUUCUAUCUGCAACGUUCCACAACCUCCUACUGGAUGUGGCCCAGGUCCAGGUCUUAUGCGCCAUACUAGAAACAUGAAACUUAAAUGUGUCACCUACAUAUCCCCAUGCUGAACAGUUUGUGUCUAAUGAUUAACCAACUAUGAUAUGGCUUCACACAAACUCACUAAGCAUUGACAAAGGAAGUUUUAUUUUGGUUUGUGCUAACAGCAAUACCAUUGGAUGAAUAAAAUAAUGUCUGUCUUGUGAA